AUGUCAUGGAAUGAUGAUGUGGCCUACGCUAUGACUCCUUUCAAAGUCUUAACUCUGCCAUUAGGCGUCUGGCCAUUGCAAAAAUAUAAUACAUUUUCUUUAGUUCGUUCUAUCGUGUGCGGCUUCAGUAUGACUCUGAUGAUGAUCAUAUUGUUUCUCGAAAUCAUUUUCGGUAGCAGCGAUGCAUAUAUAAAACUUGAUGCUCUAAUGCUUAUGUCCUGCAACGUUCUCUGUGUACUAAAGCUAUUGUCGUUCCGCUUAUACGCUGACAAUCUGAUUCGCAAUUACUCUUCUGCUGUGAACGAUUAUUCUACAAUUGACAGCGAGGAGAAGCGCACAAUCAUGCGGCAGCACGCAUUUAUGGGAAGAAUGAUUUGUUAUAGUACCAUAUUUUUUACUUACUUAGCUUCAUCAAUUUUUACGCUGGCUCCUAUGAUAACAGACGAUGAGAAUGUCCACGUUAAUAUAACCAUUAAAAAUCAAGCGGCAAAAUUACCAGUGCCCAUAACAUUUUUAGGAAAUUUGCAAAUACCUACGGGCUUAUAUUUUGUAAUCUCUACAGUGCAAUAUUUUAUACUGCUGCUUACUGGUACCAGCAAUUGUGGUAAUGAUUCACUUUUUCUCGCAAUCACUCUCCACGUUUGCGGUCAACUGGAACUUCUAAAAAUCGAGUUUACUAACUAUGGUGUGAAAAGCAGAAACAUAAAUGAAUAUUUUUCAAUAUUGACACUAAAACAUCGUUAUUUAAUAAGCCUUGCGGAACUCUUGUCUGAUGUAAUAAGUUUCGUUUUGCUGGUACAAGUAUUAUUCAGUUGUAUUAUUAUUAGUUUGAUUGGUUUUCAAUUUAUCUUGGCAUUGAAAUCGCAUGAUGUAGUAAUGAUAACUAAAACUAUUUCAGUGCUGAGUGGUCUACUGUUACAGUUAUUCUUUUACAGUUUUGUGGGCGAUUAUAUGAAGUGUCAAAUGGAACAAAUCGCUCACUCAAUUUACAGUUCCAACUGGUAUUACUUGCCAACUAAAUUGAUGAGGAACGUUUUGUUAGUAAUCAUGCGAUCGCAACAACCUGUUCAAUUGCUAGCUGGUAGAUUUUUUGUUCUAAAUAUUAAAACUUACAUGACACUAUUGAAAAGCUCACUUUCAUAUUUAUCCAUCCUACGAGUGAUGGUGGAAACGUAA